AUCACAAUUGUUUUGACUAUGGCGUGUUUAAGUUCGUCCAAUCGGGCCUGUUCCCGCGUUGUGCAGGAGAAACUGUGUCAGUUAGUUGCAGGCUCCAAGGGCCAGCUCGGGCAGCAGCCGCAUCUUCAGCAACAGCAACAGCAACAGCUGGACCUGUUGCUGCCUACCGCGGGGGCUGCAACCAGUGGCGUCGGCAAUAGUGUCGGUGGAGGUGUUGCUGGUGGCGGCGGUGGUGGUGGAGGCGGUGGUGGUGGCAUGUCGAUGGCCACUGUUGGGAAACGGACCUUGCUGCUAUCGUCCGGGUUCGCGUACCCAAUGUUCGGUAGCGGGUCCGCAGGAUCCGGGAAGCCGCUGGUCGCCGCAGUGGCCAGCAGUGUUGGCGGCUCAAUUGGGUUGGCUCGCAACUUCUACUCCGGUCGUGGCAACUUCAUUCAACCUUCUUCAGUCUCCAUCGGAUCUUCUCGGCCUGUCGGAAUCUCCGGUCGUUCCGGAACAGCCCUGUUCGAAAUCAAUCAGAAAUGCAGCUCAACGGUGAAUCUGCAUCCAUGUAUGCGGGGAUACAGCUCCGUGCACACUCAACAACCGGCUGGACCGAUACGGGAAUACAAUAUCGACCCAUACAUUUUGCUGGAGGACGAGCUGAAAUACAUAUUCGAGGACAUCAGGCAGGAGAUCAGCCGCGCGACAAAUCACCAGGAGCUGAACAAAAUUGCCGUCUACUACUUCGACGGGCAGGGCAAAGCGUUCCGGCCAAUGGUCGCGAUGUUGAUGGCGAAGGCUCUCAACUAUCAUAUGCACAACGAAAACAGCAACAUAGUGAACGCGCAGCGACAGAUAGCGAUGAUUUCGGAAAUGAUUCACACUGCCAGCCUAGUGCACGAUGACGUUAUCGACCAGUCGUUCGCUAGACGAGGCAAACCAAGUGUCAACGUGCUAUGGAACCACAAAAAGGUGACGCAGGCCGGUGACUACAUCCUUGCCGUCGCCUCGAUGCUGCUGGCCCGCCUGAAACACGACGAAGUGACACACAUUCUCAGUCAGGUUUUAACCGAUUUGGUACAAGGCGAGUUCAUGCAGCUCGGCUCGAAGGAAACGGAGAAUGAGCGCUUCGCACACUACUUUACGAAGACGUACAGGAAGACGGCAUCGCUAAUAGCCAACAGUUUGAAGGCCGUCGCUGUACUGUCUGGUGCUGAUGAUCAGAUGGCGGAAUUGAGCUUUCAAUACGGGCGCAACCUUGGGCUCGCCUUCCAGUUUGUGGAUGAUCUGCUGGAUUUCGUGUCGAGCUCGGAAGCGAUGGGCAAACCGGCUGCAGCGGACUUGAAGCUCGGCUUAGCCACUGCCCCGGUGCUAUUCGCGUGUGAGAAGUUCCCAGAGCUGAACCCAAUGAUCCUGCGCCGUUUCCGGGAGCCUGGUGAUGUGGAGCGAGCGUACGAGUUGGUGCACCAGUCGCAAGGACUCGAGCAGACACGCUUUCUUGCCCGCAAACACUGCAUCGAAGCCCUACGGCUCGCGUCUCAGAUCAGCGAGUCACCGUAUCAGAAAGGCCUAAUUGUGGUGGGCGACUUCGUGCUCAACAGGAUGAAGUAA